CCUUGAAAUACGAAUAACAUUUUAUGGUAUCGAGUUUUCCAUCCAGAACCCUGAAAUGUCUUUCUUCCUGUCCUAUGAAAAAUGAUUCGGAGGCGAAACGAAUUAGGAUUAUGCAAUUCGAUACACGAGAACCGCGACACAAUCAGGAUAAUCGGAACCGGAUACGCGGUACCAUCAAAAUGUCGUAAAUGUCCAGUGAACUCGGAUUCUUUUCAGUUGUUAUUGCGACAAGUAAUUAACGUCAAACUGCUUUCCUGUUUCUUUUGUAUUUAUACGCGAUGAAACACCGGUCGGCUUUCAUUAAACCAUACGCCGAUGCGACGAGGAGUCAGGGGAAGCGUGUUUAUCAUGAAGCAUUUCGUUUGUCUCGUUUUAUACUGUAUCAUUUUGUUUUGCUUCGAUGCAGGAAUAUGUUUGAAAUGUCGUACGGGAAGCCAGCAAAUGGAUAUGCAGUAUCAGAAGGUAUUUAAAACCUGUCUGAAACGGCACGCCGCUGUAAGUACCGAAAACGAUGAUUCCACGUCCUCGGACAGCGAUAGUUCGGAUAGCAACAAUUCGGACAGAGAUUUCCAAAUCGCGACAGGUAAUCGUAAAAAUGAUAGUCAGGAUUUUUGGAAUUUCAAUGAUUCUCAGAUGAAAAAGGACGAUCACAACGGCGACGAUCCACGCCAUGGGAAUAAUACCGAUCGGGACAAAGCGUGCGUUAUACAAUGUUUCUUCGAUGAAAUGAACGCGGUAGACGAAAAAGGGUUUCCUGAAAGAGAUUUGGUAAUUCCAUUGAUGAAUCAAGAUGUUCGCGAUCCAGAAUUAAAAGAUUUUAUUGAAGAAUCGGUGAUAGAAUGUUUCCGAUAUCUUGAAUCGAUUAAGAAAGAUAAGUGUGAAUUUUCGCAAAAUCUUUUGAAGUGUUUUGCUGAGAAAGGUCAACAACAAUGCGAAGAUUGGGAAAAUUGAUGAAGUGUAAAACUCUUCUUGUACAUUUUAAAAAAUAAAAAAUGGAAUGUGACGAAUAUUAAAUAAAUAAAUAAUGGGUUGAACAUUAUUGAUAAUUAUAAUUUUUUAUAACAUAAAAUAAUAAAAGGAAUUUGAAGACACUUUAUCGCAAAGCGUACAUGUACAAAUAUUUAAAUACUUUUAUACAACAUAAUUUUCAGAAAUUUUUUAACGAAAUAUUGUACGCAAAUGUGGAAUAUAAAUGUUUUACAAUAUUUAUGUGAAGAAAUUUAAACAUAAACUAACAGAAGAUACAUAUCAAAAUCUCUUCGAAACUUAUCUAAUAUUACAAUUUUUACAAAUGUAUGUUAUUUUAUGUAUUCUAUUGCUUUGAUAAUGCACAUGACGAAAUUAUAGAACCACAUUAUGAAAUUUAUAGCUUCAAGGCAUACUUAAAUCAUUGAAAGUAAGCUCUGGCUAAAUCAAGUAUAUUUUAAUUUAUAGUUCUUAUACAUUUUAGAAAUUCUUUUUAUUAAUCUUUUUCCAAUUUACAUUUCAUAAGCAUUGAAUUAAUACCGGAAAGAUAUUAAUUCAAAAUUACUCUAAAUACUAAGAAGAAAAUGUUUUACGAAUAUCUUUUAAAGCUAAUAUUGAAGAAUAUUUUAUAGUAAUUGUUACCAGCACUGCUAUUUAGUUAUUCAAAAUGUAAAAUACUAUACAACGAUAAAGCUACGCUUUUUUUUUAAUUU